AUUCUUGGCAGUCGAUCAUCCAGAUGAGUUGAGAAGUAAACCGCCAAAAUCAACAUUAGACUCACUUAGGGCACAACAGUCCCAUCCACAUCAAAAUGGGCAAGUCCUCAAAAGACAAGCGCGAUGCAUACUACAGGCUCGCCAAAGAAGAAGGCUGGCGGGCGCGGUCAGCAUACAAGCUUCUCCAGCUCGACGAAGAAUUCAACCUCUUCGACGGCGUCACCCGCGUAGUGGAUCUGUGCGCGGCGCCUGGCAGCUGGAGCCAGGUCCUGUCUCGCGUGCUGAUUAAAGGCGAGAAGUUCGGCCGCGCCGGCUGGGAAGAGAAGCAGAAGGAGGCGAGGAGAUAUGUGCUAGGCCUAGAUAAGGAAGAAAAGGAGGUUGCCGGAGAAGAGGCGAAGGCUACAGAAGAAGAAGAGCAGGACAAGCACCUGAAGCCGCGAGAGGGCGUGAGGAUCGUUGCGAUCGAUUUGCAGCCCAUGAGUCCGCUGGAGGGGGUCACGACGCUGCGGGCGGAUAUCACACAUCCCUCGACCAUUCCGAUACUGUUGAAGGCACUGGACCCAGACUCCUUCGAUCCGAAAGCUACGUCUGCGUCCCAUCCCGUCGACCUCGUCAUCUCCGACGGAGCUCCUGAUGUCACUGGCCUCCACGAUCUCGAUAUCUAUGUGCAGAGUCAGCUUCUCUGGGCGGCGCUGAAUCUGGCCCUGUGUGUUCUGAAGCCCGGCGGGAAGUUUGUAGCCAAGAUCUUCAGAGGCAAGGACGUGGACCUCCUGUUCGCGCAGCUGAAGAUCGUGUUUGAACGUGUGAGAGUCGCCAAGCCGCGGAGUAGUCGCGCGAGCAGCAUCGAAGCGUUCGUGGUGUGCGAGGGUUUCUGUCCGCCGAAGGGAUUCAGAGCGAGCCUGGACACGCCGCUUGGCACGGAGACACAACUCUCCACCGCUCAGAAGCCUCGAUUAAAGAAAGAGACUGCGGCAACACGCAGAGUGCGGGAGGACGGUGCGAUCGAGCUGGAUCUUGGGCCCGAAGAGGAGGUCGAAGACGACGGAGAGGAAGGUGGCUCAAGAUGGAUAGCUCCUUUUUUGGCGUGCGGCGAUCUCUCUGCGUAUGAUUCGGAUGCUACUUAUCACCUGCCUAAGGAUAGAGUCAGCUUGGAUCCCGUGCAGCCGCCAACUGCACCGCCCUACAAGCGAGCUCUGGAAAUGAGGAAGUUGGCUGGAGGCGCGUACGGGAAGACCAAGGGCCAGGAACGUAAAGACAUCACUUGAAAAUGCCAAAAGACUAUGACUACACAUACCACCGUGAAGAGCGAGCGAUUGAGGCGUUCGAAACUUGUGGUAGCUUGAAUUGUUCCCACACCAUCAUACGAGUCCCUCUGUAAUUAUUCUCUUGCCUCCCCCAACCAACCAGUCUACCGGCGAUAUUUCGCAUACCGCAGGUGCGACGACUUCAGCCGCCUCUAGAAUAACUCAACGACGGCCCCAAACGCUGCUGGAGUA